AUGCAGUUUCUAGGCAUCUCCAAAGGUCCCUUGGUAGUCUUCAUGUAUCUAAUUGUUGCUUGCACCGCCAACACCCCCUACUUCGAAUGUUCGACGUACCCAUACUGUGUAAACAAAGACAUCUCUGUCUCCCCCAUGAAAUAUACUUUCGCCUUGGCCAUCCAAACGCUAAUUUCCGACAGUACAUGGUCCUGUCACGGCGUAAAUCUUCCCGGACGCGACAUAGCAAACGUGUGCUGCGUUCAUCCUACAGGUCUCAAUAACGCCAGGAAACACAAACACCCCUUGAUACUCGACUCAUAUCAAUUUUACAACAAAUUCCAGUGUACUGAAGUCGAAGGCCAUCUUUAG